GAUUCUCUUGGCAUUUGAGUUCUUCUUCUUCUUCACCUCUUCCAUCAAUCUCUCUCUGAGACUCACUAUGCUUCUCAGUCUCUACAGAUGGAGCCAAUGAGUUCAUCAAACCCAGAUUCUAGAAGCGCUGGUGCGGCUGAAGUGGAGGGUUUUCAGCAGUCUGUCGAUGAAAUAUCGGCUAAAGUUAAUACACUUGAGAAAAGAGUGAACGAGGUCGAGCAGUAUUACCUGAGGAAAGGAAGUCCAACCUCUUCGAAGGAGAAAGAGAGGGAGAAACACUUUAACACCAUUAAGAAGCAGCAACAAGAUGCAUCACGUAGGCGAGCCGCUGCUGCAAAGAGAAUGCGAGAUCUGUUGAAUAAGUUUUCGGUAAUCUUCAAACAGAUCAUUCAGCACAAGUGGUCAUGGCCCUUUAUGUCACCUGUAGAUGCUCAGAGUCUGGGAUUGCAUGACUAUCAUCAAGUUAUUGAGAAGCCCAUGGACCUUGGUACAGUACAAAGUAAAAUGGAAACUGGUGGGUAUACGAGUGUUAGAGAGAUAUAUGCUGAUGUGAGGUUGGUAUUCAAGAAUGCAAUCAAAUACAAUGAUGAAAAAGAUGAUGUCCAUGUGAUGGCCCAAACACUGUUGGAAAAAUUGGAAGAAAAAUGGCUACAACUCUUGCCUAAAGUUGUUGAAGAGGAGAAAAGACAAGCAGAUGAGGAAGCAGAGGCACGGGUAGACAUUAAACACGCUGAGGAAUUUGCUUAUGCCAGCAUGGCCAAGGAUCUAAGCAGUGAGCUUGUUGAUAUUGAUGUAUAUUUGAAAGACCUCAAAAAGUUGGUGGUUCAGAAGUGCAGGAAAAUGUCUUUUGAUGAUAAAAGACGACUUGGGACAGCUCUCACACAGUUAUCUCCUGAAGAUCUCAGCAAGGCUUUGGAUAUAGUUGCUCAGGAUAACCCCGAGUUCCAAGCAACUGCGCAGGAGGUGGAUCUGGACAUUGAUACUCAGAGUGACUACACGUUAUGGAGGUUGAAGGUUUUUGUCAAGGAUGCAUUAAAAGUUAAGGCCCAAGCUGCUGCAUUAGCUGCCGCACAGGUUCCUGAAGCCAUGGGUGGCAACAAAGUUGCAACCUCCAAAAGAAAUAGGGAGCCAUCUGAUGCCGUUGCCAAGCCUGCCCCUAAAAGGACCAAAAAGAUCUCUGCUAUGUAAUCUUGCUUGCAUGUCGGGUGACUUGAUUCAGUUACUAGGAAAAUCAGAAUGUAAAUAUGUGCAGGUUUUUACAUGAAUUCUGUACAUCACCCUAAUGGACGAGCCAUGGACCCUUUUUGUGUCUAGAUAUAUAAUGUACACACAUUUUGUGUAAAGAUCAUUAUACAUAAUCAGACUAUUUUCUUCUGCU